AGGGAAAGCUCGGUGUCCUUGUGCAGCGUGACGGCAACGACGACUAAUGGGCGGGUUGGUUGGUUGUGAAAAUUUGCCAUUAUCCAGCGUAGUUUCGUGUUGCACAGUUAUCAUGUUUCGCAUGUUACAAUAAAUAGUACAUGUACGAAAAUGUGUCGCCGAUUGAGCUGAUAUGUUGUGCACUAGGGCGAUACAGCUGAGAUAUUCGUUCCAGCUGGUGGUGCUUUGCCAUCACUGUCGGAUUCUGAGCUCUGAGACCACCGCUUCUGCUGCUGUUGCUGUUGCUACUGCCACGAAAAAAAGCUACAAUACACACACCACACGUGUCCUGGUGAAGCACCAGCAGCAAAUCUGAUGGAACGUAGUUUUCCAAAGAAUGUCUUCAUGGCCUGAAGGUAUGAUGACCUUGUGAUUCGUGGUUACUGAGAUCGUAGUAUUUCAAUAGCGAAAACAUAUUCUUGGAGGCAUCUCGCAUGGAGAGUAAAAAACCGUGAACGAGUGCGUGUGUCAGUGUUUGCGAGAGAGAUAGUGAGCGAGAGUGCGUGUCCCCAAGAGUGCUCCACCAUCCAUCGGCCUAGAAGCAGAAGUUCCAAACGCCAACGGAUUCACGGAACCGCAAUUCUGAAGUUGAAGUUUAGGAAGUGUCCCUCAAGCUUCCGCCCAAUCUUCCUCUACUGCAAACGAACGAUGGUCACAAAGAAGAGCGUUGAUACAGAGAAGGAAAAACUAGCGAAAAAUAUGCACUCCAGCUCUGGCAGUGGUGGUGGCGCAGGACUGCCGCAAAAAUCCGCUGCAAGCGGCGGUGCGGUGGUUAGCUUUAGCGCUAGUACCGUCGUCUCGAGCAACAGCAGCAGCAGCAACAGCGGUAGUAGCCACCUGAUGCAGCAUCAGCAACAAGCACUACCACCAACUGCACCCGGCCAGGAUGCGCCCAAUAUUUUGGUGUACAAAAAAAUGGAAGCCAUCGUGGAACGGAUGCAAACCGAGGGAAGCGGAGUAUCGGUGCGCACUGUCAAAGCGUUCAUGAGCAAGGUGCCGUCCGUUUUCACCGGAGCUGAUCUGAUCCAGUGGAUUAUGGCUAACCUGACGGUGGACGACAUCAGUGAAGCACUACAUCUAGCGCACCUGCUGGCCUCGCACGGUUAUCUUUUCCCGAUCGAUGACCACCAGCUGACGGUGCGGAACGAUGGUACGUUCUAUCGCUUCCAGACACCCUACUUCUGGCCGUCCAACUUCUGGGAACCGGAAAACACGGACUACGCCAUCUAUCUGUGCAAACGCACCAUGCAGAACAAGACGCGGCUCGAGCUGGCCGACUAUGAGGCCGAGAAUCUGGCCAAACUGCAAAAGAUGUUUUCGCGCAAAUGGGAAUUUAUCUUUAUGCAAGCGGAAGCGCAGAGCAAGGUGGACAAAAAGCGGGAUAAGCUCGAGCGGAAGGUGCUGGAUUCGCAGGAGCGCGCUUUUUGGGACGUGCACCGGCCCAUGCCCGGUUGCGUGAACACCACCGAGAUGGACAUCAAGAAGGCGUACCGGAAGGGUGCGUCGUCGCUGGGCUCCGGAUCGGCCGGUACAGCAGCACACAGCAAUCCGGUGGAAACCAUGGCCAAGACGAUAACACUACUGAAGCAGAAACUGGACCGGCGCACGAUCAAAGUGUCAAAGGCGGCAGAAUCGUACAUCUCAUACUACGAGCAGUACAGUGAAUUUGAUUACUUUCUUUCCGCACCGGAUCAUCCUAAUCCAUGGCAUACGGACAACACGGAACUUUGGGAUGCUGAGAAGCUUGGAAAGGACAUUCCGAUGAAGCGAGUCAAACGCUGGGGCUUCAGCUUGCGAGAACUGCUCAAUGAUCCGGUUGGACGCGAGCAAUUCACCAAAUUUCUGGACAAGGAGUUCAGCGGUGAAAAUUUAAAAUUCUGGGAGGCGAUACAGGAAAUGAAGGCGUUACCACAGUCGCAGAUCAAAGACGGAGCGCAGGCCAUCUGGAACGAGUAUCUAGCCCCGGAUGCUGCCUGCCCUGUAAACAUCGACUCAAAGUCGCUCGAGCUGGCUCGGGAGGUGGUGAAGGAGGGCGCAGCGCAACCAAGUCGAUGGUGCUUCGAUGUGGCGGCCGAUCACGUGUUUUAUCUGAUGAAGAGCGAUUCCUACUCGCGCUUCCUGCGUUCGGAUAUGUAUAAAGACUGUCUGAAUGGUUCCAAGAAAAAGACAUCCGUCAAAGGACUUCGAAUAUUUUCGGGAAGAAAAGAUACGCCUGUGAUAAAUUAACAAUUUUGCCUAUUGUGUAGCCUAUUUUUAAAAGCAUAUACACGCAGUAUUUGUUUGUCGAACAAUACAUCA